AUGAGAAAUGGAAUUAUAACAUGGCUUGAACAAGAAGGUUUUAUUGAACAUUAUAAUGAUCAAAAAAAGUUAGAAUUAGCAUAUAGUAUUAUAAUGGCAUCUUUAAAUAGAAUGUUUCUUCGCAGAAUUGAAAAUCUUGAAGAAUUAUUAAUCAAUGAUGAAUUUAAAUUUCUGAAUGUACCGACAUUCUUGAACGCUAUGACAGGAAUAAUGCAAUUAAAAACACUACAUAUUAAUCUUAAUAGCUAUAAAAAUUCCAAUAAUGGAAUUACA